GAAUAUAUAUCAAGCCGGCCCCAGAAGAGUUCUAAGCAAGUACCACAAGCCAAGCUGUAACUUGGCUACAAAAUGGAAGAGAGGAACAUCGGAAAAUAUCCUGGUUUCUUGUCGUCUUUCGGCUGUUUAUAGUAGCAUUAGCAUUGCCUUGCAUUGCAAAUAUAUAUAUACUACUAGAAGUUAAGUUUCCAUAAGCUCUUGGGUCCUGAGGCCGCCAACUCAGCACUGAAUUAAAUUAGCAGCAAUGAAAGUUAUUAUCAUAUGGUUGCUGCUACUAUUGCCUGGCUACUUUCCAGGUUUCCUCAUUUCAUGCAAGGGAAACCAGAUUGACAAUCUCAACAGGUUGAUCGAAUCUCGCAAAUCCUCAAACCCUCCUCACCCUGAAUCAUGGGCUCAACUAGAUGAUCAAGAAGAUAGCCAGAACUCUCCAGUGUAUGUAGGAUCUCAAAAAGGGUUGAUGCAAGGUGACAAGAUCAAAGCACUGCCGGGACAGCCUGAAGGAGUGGAUUUUAACCAGUAUGCAGGCUAUGUAACAGUGGACCCCAUAGCCGAUCGAACGUUAUUCUAUUUUUUUGUGGAGUCACCAGAAAAUUCUUCAAAAAAGCCUCUCGUUUUAUGGUUAAAUGGAGGUCCAGGAUGCUCGUCGUUUGGAUAUGGAGCUAUGCAGGAACUUGGACCUUUCAGAGUAAACAGUGAUGGAAAAACGCUUUACAGAAAUGAAUAUGCAUGGAACAAUGUUGCAAACGUGAUCUUUCUGGAAUCACCAGCAGGAGUUGGUUUUUCUUAUUCAAAUGAUUCCUCUGAUUACACCAAAGUAGGUGACAAGAGAACAGCACAGGACUCCUACAUUUUUCUCCUUAAUUGGCUUGAAAGAUUUCCACAGUACAAAACCCGCGAUUUUUUUAUAGCUGGUGAAAGCUAUGCCGGCCAUUAUGUUCCUCAACUUGCUUAUUAUAUUCUCUCAAGAAACAAGAACACAAAUCAAACCGUCAUCAAUCUCAAAGGAAUUGCUAUAGGAAAUGCUUGGGUAGAUGACGGCAUUUGUACAAAGGGAUUGUAUGACUAUUUAUGGACACACGCUCUCAACUCAGAUGAAACCAAUGAAGGAAUUAAGAAAUACUGCAACUUUGCUAGUGAAGAUUCAGUUAACGAGAUGGCAGAUGGUAUCCUAUGUGGAAAGUAUCAAAUUAAGGGAUUUAUAGAGAUGGGAAACAUUGACUUGUACGGUAUUUACGCGCCUCCAUGCAAUUCAUCGGCACUAAAACCUGGCUCAAAUGGCAAUGUCAUGAACUUUGAUCCCUGCUCUGAAAGUCACGUCAAUUCCUACCUAAAUCUUGCCGAGGUACAAGCAACCCUUCAUGCCAAAGCUACAAAAUGGUCAGGUUGCAGUAAUGUUGGAUGGACAGACAGCCCGACGUCUAUUCUUCCUGAAAUACGGCAUUUAGCAAGAGAGAUUAGGGUGUGGGUAUACAGUGGCGACACAGAUGGUCGAGUUCCAGUGACAUCCUCUAGGUAUGCCAUAAAGGCCCUAGAACUUCCAGUAGAGACAGCAUGGCAGCCAUGGUACUCUAAUAGUGAGGUUGGAGGAUACGUUGUUGGCUACAAGGGAUUGAUUUUUACCACAGUUCGGGGAGCUGGACACGCAGUUCCAAGCUACCAACCAGAACGAGCACUUACCAUGAUCACAUCUUUCCUUCAGGGGAAACUGCCUCCUAGCCCUCCUUCCUAUUAACAAACCCAUUGAGAGCCCUCACGGUACUGCAGCUCUCUUAUUCUGAAAUUCCAGAAAUUUAAAAUGGGAAGGGAAGGAGAAAUAUGCUUUCUCUAUUUAACUUUUCACAGAAGUUAAAGGGAAGGAGAAGAAAUAUCAUCGGAAAAUUGAACCAGUUCUCUGCUGAUGGAAUUAUUUCCAAAGGUAAAGAAAUGUAUGGACAAUGUAUUAUUUUGUUUCUAUUUUUAACAUCUAUCUACGAAUAUACAUAAUCAUUCAAGCGCAUAAUCCUUGUACAAAUUAGGCCAAAGUGCCAAAGCGCAAAGAGCUUGUGCAAUGGGUGUGAAAACCUCUCUAUCUCUACC